GGCAAACGGAAGAGGAGCUGGAGCCGUCUUCAGAGGGACCCAGCUAGACAUGGAGUCCUGUAAUGGGAGGACUCUGGUUUUGAGGGCUCUUCUCCUCCUUAUUCUGCUCCUUAAAUGCUUUGUCAGCUCCAACCACUUCUCUGACAACCAGGUUGUGCUUCUCGAUACAACAACAGCCAUUGGAGAAUUAGGAUGGAAGACAUAUCCAUUAAAUGGGUGGGAUGCCAUCACAGAAAUGGAUGAAUACAACCGACCUAUUCAUACAUACCAGGUAUGUAACGUCAUGGAGGCAAAUCAGAACAACUGGCUUCGUACCAACUGGAUCUCUCGGGAUGCUGCGCAAAAAGUGUUUGUGGAGAUGAAAUUUACACUCAGGGACUGUAACAGCAUUCCUUGGGUGGUGGGCACCUGCAAGGAGACAUUUAACCUUUACUACAUGGAAUCCGAUGAGGCACAUGGACAAAAGUUCAAGCCAAGCCAGUAUAGUAAGAUAGACACCAUUGCUGCUGACGAAAGCUUCACCCAGAUGGAUUUGGGUGAUCGCAUCCUCAAACUCAACACUGAAGUGCGGGAGGUGGGUCCCAUUUCUAAAAAAGGAUUCUACCUUGCUUUCCAAGACAUUGGUGCCUGCAUUGCUUUAGUCUCUGUGAGAGUCUACUACAAAAAGUGUCCGUAUAUGGUGCGCAAUCUGGCAAUGUUUCCGGAUACCAUUCCAAGAGUUGAUUCGUCUUCCCUUGUUGAAGUCAGAGGGUCCUGUAUAAAGUACGCGGAAGAGAGGGACACCCCUAAAUUGUACUGUGGAGCUGAUGGGGACUGGCUUGUACCUCUAGGACGAUGUGUCUGCAGUGUUGGCUAUGAGGAGUUGGAUGGAACCUGCCAUGCGUGUCGGCCUGGAUUCUACAAGGCGUUUGCUGGAAAUAUCAAGUGUUCCAAAUGUCCUCCACAUAGCUUCACAUAUGUAGAGGCCACGACGGUCUGCCAGUGUGAAAAAGGCUACUUCAGGGCAGAGAAAGACCCGCCAGCCAUGGCAUGCACAAAACCACCUUCAGCUCCAAGAAAUGUCAAUUUUAACUUGAAUGAAACAGCUCUGUAUCUGGAGUGGAGUCCACCAUUUGACACCGGAGGCAGGAAGGACCUCAUCUACAAUGUAAUUUGCAAGAAAUGUGGGUCAGACCCCAGCCAAUGUGAACUUUGUGGUGGGGGAAUUCGUUUUGUACCUCGACAUUCAGGAUUAGUUAACUCCUCGGUAACGAUCGUGGACUUUUUAUCUCAUGUCAACUACACUUUUGAUAUUGAGGCAGUGAAUGGGGUCUCGGAACUCAGCCUAUCUCCCAGACAAUAUACUUCCAUCACCAUCACCACAGAUCAAGAAGGUCCUUCACUAAUUGGCAUGGUGAGGAAAGACUGGGCCUCUCAAAACAGCAUUGCUCUUUCAUGGCAAGAACCUGACUAUCCUAAUGGGGUCAUUCUGGACUACGAGAUCAAGUACUAUGAGAAAGAACAUGAACAGCUCAGUUAUUCCUCCACGAGAUCCAAAGCUCCCAGCGUUAUUAUCACAGGCCUCAAGCCCUCCACCAAGUAUAUAUUUCACAUUCGAGUCAGGACCGCUGCAGGAUACACGGGUUACAGUCAUAAGUUUGAAUUUGAAACUGGAGAUGAAACUUCUGAUAUGGCAGCAGAACAAGGGCAAAUUCUGGUCAUAGCCACCGCUGCAGUUGGAGGAUUUACUCUCUUGGUCAUACUUACUCUGUUCUUCCUCAUCACUGGCCGGUGCCAGUGGUAUAUUAAAGCAAAAAUGAAAUCUGAAGAGAAAAGGCGAGCGAACCUGCAAAAUGGAAACUUGAGGUUCCCUGGAACUAAAACCUACAUUGAUCCAGACACGUAUGAAGACCCUUCUUUGGCUGUUCAUGAGUUUGCAAAAGAGAUAGACCCAUCCAGAAUUCGCAUUGAAAGAGUAAUUGGCGCAGGGGAGUUUGGAGAGGUUUGUAGCGGAAGAUUGAAGACGCCUGCAAAGAAAGAAAUCCCUGUGGCCAUUAAAACUUUAAAAGGAGGUUACAUGGACAGGCAGCGGCGAGAUUUUCUGCGAGAAGCCAGUAUCAUGGGACAGUUUGAUCAUCCAAAUAUCAUCCGGCUCGAAGGAGUCGUUACAAAAAGCAGACCUGUAAUGAUUGUGGUUGAAUACAUGGAGAAUGGAUCCCUGGACUCAUUCCUGCGGAAACAUGAUGGCCAUUUUACAGUCAUCCAGCUGGUGGGCAUGCUGCGAGGAAUCGCCUCUGGAAUGAGAUACCUCUCUGACAUGGGAUAUGUUCAUCGGGAUUUGGCUGCCAGGAAUAUCCUUGUAAACAGCAACCUCGUGUGCAAAGUCUCAGAUUUUGGACUUUCAAGGGUGUUAGAAGAUGAUCCUGAAGCAGCUUACACAACCACAGGUGGAAAAAUUCCCAUCCGGUGGACAGCCCCAGAAGCAAUAGCCUAUCGAAAGUUUUCUUCUGCAAGUGAUGCCUGGAGUUAUGGGAUUGUGAUGUGGGAAGUGAUGUCUUACGGAGAGAGGCCAUACUGGGAGAUGUCUAAUCAAGAUGUCAUCCUGUCGAUAGAAGAAGGUUAUCGUCUCCCUGCUCCAAUGGGUUGCUCAGUCCCUCUUCAUCAGUUAAUGCUUCUCUGCUGGCAGAAAGAAAGAAAUCACCGACCUAAGUUCUCAGACAUUGUGAGCUUUCUAGACAAGCUCAUCCGCAACCCCAGCUCCCUUAAUAUUCUGGUUGAAGAUGUUCUGGGCAUGCCAGAAUCACCGGGGGACACACCAGAAUAUCACUUCUUUGUCACAGUCACAGAGUGGUUAGAUUCUAUAAAGAUGGGUCAGUACGCUAGUAACUUCAUGGCGGCUGGGUUCACAACGUUGGACUUGGUUUGCAGAAUGAGCAUUGAUGACAUCAGAAGAAUUGGUGUGACGCUCAUUGGACACCAGAGAAGAAUAGUGAGCAGCAUACAGACUUUACGAUUACAAUUGAUGCAUAUACAAGAAAAGGGAUUUCAUGUAUGAAAAUAGUUGAAGCAACUGUUUUGUGCCUCAGUAUUUCUUUAACGGAAGAGAUUCUUAUUCCUCAUCAUGGAUUCUCGCUCUCUAAACUACCGGACUCUUGUGAAGAGAAAGAGAGGGAGAUCUGAACACUUCCAGACUGAAGUUUUUGAAAACUUUAAAUAGAUAUGUCUUCAAGUUACGGACAAGUAGAAUCCUGGGCCCCACUGCAAGACUCCUGGCAACUGAUGAAUGACUUACGCAUGGGUGUAAAACGUUGUGCGGCAUCUGAUCAUGAACUCAACGGCGGUCGCAUCAACUCUAGCUUCCUUCUUAUGUAGCAAGAUGGUGGUAUCAGUCUAACCUACCGACUGCUGUGGUUUUGUAAUCUUGUAGCUAAUAUAAAUUGUGCAUAUUAAAAUAAAAGAGAAUACAGAAAAUAUAGAAAGAACAUGUUAGGUGAAUUUUGGAUGUAGUGUUUUCAAUGUACCUGUUAAAGAGGUUGUCUGGUUUAGAAAAAUCAGUCAAGUAAUAGGAAUACUGAGUUAAUAUGGAAGGUCUCCCGUUCAGGUCCCUAAUCUAUUAUCUAGAGCAGAGGGAAGCUAUAACGAGCAUCUCUGGCUCUGGAGGACCUAGCAAGUCUAUGAAUUACAAUAGAACAUAUGUAAUGCUUAAUUUUCCCUGCGGUGGUGCUGUAAAUUUAACACCUACUGCCAGGUUGGCCCAAAGAUUAGAGCUGAUCACUAAAUGUCCCAACAACAAGACAGCUUAUGAUUAGCUUACGGUCAGGAGACCCUUCUAACAAAAAGGCACCACCGAAAGUAGACAACCUCUUUAAUGUCACACAAUGAAGGCAGCCGAUUUGAGGACCAGAUAAUAUGGUGAAUUGACAUUACUGAAGCAAGAGGCACUUUAUUUACAUCUAAGUGAUGUCACUAGUUCCCGAUGAAUGCACAAGGAGGAAACGGGUCAACAUCAAAUGGCUGCCCCCGUUGUGUGUAGGUCAUGGGUGCAAUGUGGAUAUCCAAAACUGUAGCUGCUAAUGUUUUUUUUUUUUGUUUCCUUAUUUUUGGAGAGUAAUAGAUAUAUCUACAAUGGUUUGAUAUAGUGAGCUUGUGUGUAUGGAUAUUUGAGGUUAUAACGAAGUGUACUUCCUGAGGCCCAGGAUUGCAUUGUCCAUGUAAUCGAUGCUCUAUAUUCUUGUACUUUUACAGUUUAGAAUCGAAAAAAAAAGAAAUCUUUGUCUUCUAGUGUUUUUACUUCAUCUAUGCCUCAGAAAUACUUUCCAUAAAAAAGAUGCAAGAGAGCUUUGCUAGUCUCAUGAGCAGCCAGAACGUGGACCUACCUGUCCGAUGUUUUCUAGAGAAUAUAUAAAAGCACAUGGUAAAAUAUACAAUAGGACAUAGAUUAUAUAUAAAUGUUUCAGUACUCCACGUCUUUCAUGGUUCAGUAUGGGUAUCAUAAAGAUCUGUUUAGUUGGUCAGUACCACUUUCCUUUCCUUCCUCAUGUAUAGUGGCAUAUAGUGCCUUUUACAGGGUCUGUCAUAUUAACAUAGGAUUGCUGCUUUUUGAAAGACCCAAUAAAAGUUCUCUUCAAGGUUAAUUCAAAGUUACUACUUGAUAUCUUAUUUCUGUAUUUCUUCAACCAAUACGAGUGGUACACGCUAUGGUCAACACACAACGCCCCGGUACAGAGCCACUGAGAUAGCCACAGAAAAGAUAAAAAUCAUUAUCCAUAGACAUCUGGAUCAGAAUUUUAACCGUGCAGGAAUACGAAGGAUGUUUAGUUUAUGUUUAUAUUGUAUUUUGCAUUCUGUAUUUCAAAUUAGGUCUAGAAUUUCAUGAACCUUGAAGCCAGACUUGUAUUGUACAUGAGUAGACAUGGCAAUGGGGAUCCGGGGUAGAGUCUAUAAUGGAUAAAGAGUCCUGGCCUAAGACCUUUCUGACAUAAAAGGGUUUUUUGGAUCUAAAGUAUCUGUGGAACUUCCAAUAGAUACACAUAAGUGAUACUUACAAGGCCCCAACUGUUGAGAGAAGGAGUGGCCAGCUUGAAUGGAAAAGUGGUGGCCCUUCCAUGCAGCUCUUGAAAUUUAAAAGUAACCCAUCAACAGCUUUAUGCUGCCCAAACCACAGACCCCUUUUUUUAUAGUCUUAAAAAUGACUUUGGCGUGGAGAGAGAUGCAGCUUUC